UGGCAAAUGAGCCGAAUUCCGGUGGGCACAGCUCAUAUGAUCUCGCUAGUAGCCUUCUAUGAAUAGUGUUGUUUGGUUGGUUUUCCUGUCCCUUGGCCAUCUGAAUCCUUUCCUACUUUACAAGAGGGAUGCUGUUCAAGGUGAGCGCCAGAGGGGCGUAGCAGGGCUGAAAUUCUCAGCGCAUGCCGGCCUCUCAAACGUAUAUCAUUCAGGUCCGAUCCGUCGUAUCCACACAGUAUCAGGCCUUGCCUAGAUAGGUGUAUCAGUCCGUAGACCCGGAUCCUGAGGCCGACUCUUGUUUUUGGAGCUGGAGUUUGACCCAGCUUAUCCCACGCUUUGUUUGGGUUUGCAUUGUUCAGAUCUCGGGCUAAAACUCCAUGGUCAACCUCAACGAUCAGGGGCUACAGAUCCUUCGGGCAUGCUUGUUCAAUACGCGCGAAAGGCCGACCAAUUGUUCCUUGAUCCUGCCCGGUGGGAGCUUCGUAUUUCCUUGGAAGCUGGCGCCAGGGCAAGAAAAAAAACGAAAAUUGUUAUCAGGCUUCUCGAUAAGCCGAGGGUUUCAGAGAGAAUAUGGCACCUUAGUGUGCCUGCAAACAAUGGCCCUGGUAUGAAAUGGAGCCAUAUGGAUGCGCAGUACUUAACCUGUGCGUCGUUCAUUGGUGAUUAUUUGGACAUUCAGCUUCUCUAGCAGCGAAAUAUCGUGGAUCGGUUCUCAUUCUUUUUUAUCUUCUUCCUUCCAUGUCACUUUUCAUUUUACCUUGUCGUCUACUUUCAUACCAUCCUUCUAUCAAUUUCCACCUAGACUAUAUUUCGUUUCCUAUAACUGCGAGGAAAUGGUAGGACUUUAAGGUUCUGCACUCAAGUGGUUCGGAUACAUACCUUGGGAUUGCCAAGUUCAUUCAGGAGUGGGCAGAAUUUGAGUGUGAGCAUAUCAUGGCUUUGUUAAGCCCGGACCUGAUACUUGCGAAAUGGCCGCUCGCAGAGGACUUCAUUCAUAACUUGAGUUUCUUGCAGUUAGCAUGCUUGGUUAAUACGGCCGGUGUCGUCCUGCUGUCGAUCUACUGCUGGUUUUCCGCUGCCAAAUACACUGGCAUUCCUCGUGUCCGCGAUGGUAUGAAGAGCCGAUUUAGCCUUAAAACUCGCCUGGAAUAUUAUACAAACUGUGAAGGGUUGUAUAAAGAGGCGUACGAGACUUACCUGAAAAAGGGCCAGCCAUGCCUCGUUCCCGGCCUCGGAUUGCGGUCUGAAAUCCUCCUACCAAAGAGCACCUUGCGGUGGCUAGUAACACAAUCGGACAACGUCCUUAGCAUGCGAGAGGCAUUCCGCGAGUUGGAUCAGAUCGACUGGGCAGCCGACCACCACAAGUAUGUCACGGAUGCAUGGCUGACUCCGAUUCUCAAUCGAGAUGUGAAUCGCAACCUUGACAGGUAUCUGCCACCCUUGGGUAAGGAAGUGCAAAAUGCGGUUGAGAGGCGGAUUCCGAACAAGGGUGAAUGGGCAGAGAUUCCGCUUUGGGAUACAAUGAAGCUGGUGAUUGCGCAGAUCUCGAGCCAGUUUACGGUUGGGGAGCCGCUUUGUAGGGAUGAAGAAUAUAUUCGCGCCUCCUCUAGCUUCGUGGAUACCUUCGUCACCAACGCCGGCUUGGUCCCCUUUGUACCGGUACCGCUCCGCCCUAUUCUGUGCCCGAUACUGUACCUCCCGCUCCGUUUUAAAACCUGGAAACUAGAAAGAAUUUUGAAGCCAUUGAUAAAGCAGCGCUUGGAACGCCUUUUGACGCAUCAGCAGCCUUCAAAGGGCAAAAAUGAACAUCUUCACGAUAUCACCAGCUGUAAAGAUACACCUGAUGACUUGCUCCAGCUAAUGCUCUGUUUCGCUCAAAAUGAGCGCUCUAGGGAGGAGUUUCACAACCUUCAUAGCCUUGCCUACCGUAUCUGCCUCAAUAACCUAGGCUCUUUCCAUCAAUCCUCUGCGGCUGUGACAAAUAUGAUCUUCAACAUCAUCGCAUCCGACAAGGAAUUUAACACCAUAGCUUUACUCCGGGAGGAGAUCGGAUCAGUGCUUCCAAGCGAAUGCUAUACCAUCCCGCCCUCCACCACCCAACCGGUGCAAAACAACAAGAAAAAAUAUGGCUGGACAAAGGCUUCCGUCGCCAAACUAGUGUUGAUGGACAGCGUAAUGCGCGAAACGACAAGAGUGCACAGUUUCGUCCAUCGUGCCGUCGCGCGCUCUGUGGUUGCUGACAAUGUCCAUUCCCCCGUCAUUGAGGGUGAAGCUGAUAGUAAUGAACCCACGACGACCAGCGCCCCCCUCCCCAAGGGAGCCAUGGUCUCCAUCCUCUCCCGCGGUGCUUACUUCGACCCAGACGUCUUCGAUGAUCCCAUGAAAUUUAACCCCUGGCGCUUUGCAGAGCGGAGAGAAAGACAUGCUAAAGUCGUUGGGGGGCGCGGCAGUGACCAGCAUGCUAGUGACAGGAUUAUCGCGGCUAACGACACACGUACAACGACCGCAGCAGCAGCGGGAGCAAUAGAAACUUUCACUGUGACAUCGGCCAACAACCUCGUUUUUGGCCAUGGCCGCCACGCAUGUCCCGGCCGCUUCAUCGCAGAGGCUGAGAUCAAAAUGCUCUUGGUGACCUUGCUCAUGAACUAUGAUGUAGGCCUUUUGCCGGUACCAGGAGCUGAUGGGAAGGGGGAGGUUGCGGUGCGCCCUGAGAGCCCGUGGAUUUUGGAGGUUGUCGUGCCGCCAAUAAAGGGGAAGAUUAUGGCGAAGAGAAGGGGCGGGUGAAAAGGGAUAGAUGAACGGCUAUUUUGUUGGACAUGGACGACGUCGUUGACCGAAUUAGAUAAUGUAUUUGGAGGGCUGUGCUGUGGGAGAGAGAAGUUAAGGUUGACCGCAUCUUUCCGCCCUCAAUGUCCUCCCUCUGUCCUCUGUUUUCUCCUUGGUUUGUCCGACUAGAAAGGACAACAUAGUUGUCAGCUGGAAAAGGAAAAAGGAAAAAAUAUCUGAAUUUUCGCAUCCCUAUGUUAACCGCUAUGGAAUCUGUGCACAGCAAUUCUGACUACAAAAGAGAGCUCAGUGUAGUAAAACCAUAGGGAGUACGAGGAUAAUAGUAACAGCAAUACUAAUGAUCAAGAACUCUUCCACACGCGCCAAAAAGAAAAAAAAAAUAAAAAAAAUAAAAAAUAAAGAAAGGAAAAAAAAAAGGUAAAGCCUCCCCGUUUACCCCAAUAGAAUCAAGAGAUGCAGAGAUAAAUCAAAAAACGCCGCGGCAGACAGUAGAUGGGAAUCACCCUGAUAAGAAGAUCAAAUAUUUUACAUCCAAAUCGGACCUCCAUCCAACGCGUUUUUCUCAAGAAAAAGAAUAAAAGAAAGCCAGAACGAGGAACACCAUGUUUAGUUAACCACCUUGCCCAACCUUCAGCCUGCCCACUCCAUCCUCUAUUCUAUUAACAGAUUCCGCGCCGCCAGUGGUAUCAUGCGCACACGUAGCUGACGUUUCCAGCAAGGAAGCCGCCACCGCUCGCCGCUCAUGGUCGCUCCUCAGCCCGUUGCAUUUCUCAGUAGAGUCAAUAUUAUCAUUGUUAUGUGCGAUUGUGUUCCCGGUAGUAGGAGCUGCAUCGCCCGGAGGUUUCCCAUCGACUAUCUGCUGGGAGCUUUUGCCUCGCCAUCGUCGGGUCUUUGGUGGUUCUGGCUUUUGGGACGGCGUGAUGUGGCCAUUCGAAGGAGAUGUCGCCGGGCUUACCGGGGAGGGUGGCAAAUGGGUUGAGCAAGGUGACUGGAAAGCUGGAUUCAGCUUUUCACUGUUGUAUGGAUUGUGAUGAAGCGGUGGUGGAGGUGGUUGGCGAUGGCGGUGAGGUAUGGAGUGCGGGCUGCCGUGGCAUUUUGGAGGGACGGAGUGCGAGGAUCUGCGUGGUGGCGGGAGAGCUGGGGCAUGGGAGGUCGUGGGGGGAUUUGGGGUCCGCGCUUUGGGGACGACUAUUGUCGGAACUAGAAGCUCGUCUGCGGCUGUUCGGGUUGAUGACAUGUCGCCCGAUGUACGUACUGAAUCGGUUGGUGUGGUCGGCGGGGGUGCGGAGCCGGAACUGCCGGAACUCUUGCGACUAUCUGGGGAAUUUCGCCCAAGCGCAGCAAGUUGCGCUCCAUCGGCUGUCUUUUGUCCUGAAGACUCGUCUCCUUCCUGCUGCUCACGACGUCCGCGCCAACGUCUUGCCUUGGGUGGCUGUGGCUUCUGUUUCGGGGGUGGAGGUGCUGGUGGAGCCUUCGGAGCGGCAUUGCGACUUGGGACCAUGACACCAGGCUUCUCUUUGUGGGCAGCAACCUCGACAACGCUGGCUUCUGAGGAACGAGCUAUUUCGAGGUUCAUACCAAGUUCCUUGGCCGGUUUUAGAGUUAUCGGCGAUGAUUUUACUCGGGAGGAACGGCACCUGGAAAGCCUAUGCGGAGAACUUGGCUCUGGCGAGGUGGACGAAGUAGUGGUGGGCGAACCUGUUUCUUCUAUAUAUUUACCCAUAGAGGCUUCCGCAAUACUUUCUGGUUUUGGUUUCUGCUCUGGGACCUCAUGCUCGGCAAGCCAGUCUACUUGCCCACAUCGCAAUACCAAUCGUUUCGUCGUUUCAUCAACGUCAUCGAAAUGAAGGAUCCUUUCACAUUCCUCUGAAUCAAAAGAAAAUUCGCCUCUGACAAGAAUUCCCAGGAGUUUUCUCAGCUCCUCUCGCUUAUAGUGAGGUGGGUACCUGAGUUGGGUAUGAGCCAAUAAUGGAUACAGAACGCGUAAGUAUGUAUGGCGAAGGGCGGCAGCUUCUUCUGGAAGAUCCAAGAGGUUACGAAUUAAAAUAUCAACGAGCACUCGAAGGUCAUUAGUGUAAAAAUACUCAUAAGUCGGCGGUGUCGUAAAGAGAAGGUAAAGCAAUUUUAAUGUAAGUAGUUGGAGAGAAGUUUCAGCUAAGGGGUCGUCGUUAGACGGAAGAGCGACCGAAACAAUGAGUUCUCAUUUAACGUACUUUCGCGAUUAAGGAGAAGAAUUAUGUUUUCUCCGAAUGUUUUAAAAGUAGAACCGAACAUCGAAAGGACCUUGAUGACCUUAUUGGUGAGAGGGGCUGAUGAGGAUCGUUCGGGUAACGGGUCAUGAGCUGAGACCAUGAAUUGCUCAUUGAGAACCAACUACAAAUAGGGAGUAUACUUUAGAAAACACGAACAAGCUUAACUCAAAUGAAACUGGGGGAAAGAGAUCUUACCAGAACUCUAAUCACAGGAUAAUGGUACGGAUCGUCGAUGUCACCUGAAAGCUCUUCGAUAAUUUCAAAUAAAUGCUUCACAAAAUCAUCAUCCACGAGGACUGUUUCAAAAAUAAGCCGAACCGCACGAUUAUCCACGGGGGCUCGAUUGGAGAGAAGGGUGAUGUCCAGAGACGGAGAUUGUGGAUCUGGGCAUAUCUCCGACUCCCUAUCAUCCAGAAGCCAUACAAAAAGAGCUCACUCACCUAAAUCGCCAAUUUUAAUCCUUUGAAUCCUACACAUUUCAUACAUUAAGUUCAUUAAUAAACGGUGGAGUCCAGCUGCACCGUCGCCAUCCAACCGCUCCUGAGACUGAAUAAGCUCUAGUAGGCGGACAAAUGCCCCCUCUUUAUUCAUCAUCUCAAACGUGUGCUCAUUUUGUCGCCCAUCAAAGAGGAGGAACGAGACUGUCACGUAGAGAAUGUCUGGGGCAUCGUCCUGAAAAGAAAGGGAAAAAUGACAAGAUCCGUCAGAAACAACCAUGCCAGCCGGUCAAAAAGGAAAACGACAGAAGAGAAGCCAGUUCGUACCUGUAGCAAGGAGUAUAUGAUCUGCCUCCGUAUAUAAUCCGCAUUUGCGACGAAAAGCUCCGAG